CUGCUUUGUAUGCACACAUAAACUAGUUGUUAAAGAACUGUGGGCCAAUAUGGUUUUAUCUUACCCAUGUCACAUGACUGGUGACAUUAAUACUUUGUUUGCUGGAGAUAUAAACUUGUCAACAAACCGAAGUUGAUAUUUAUUUGAAUCUCUUUAGCUGAACAUUAAGUGUUGAUAGACAUUGGGCUAUAGCUAGAUGGAGCGUUUUUUGUUUAAUAGUCAAUGAGCCUAGAUGCCUUAUUAUUUGAGUUAAAUCAAAGAUGUACUGAACAAAAGUGGUCAGCAAAAUGGCAACGUUUUCGCAAUCCACCAUUGAAAAAGGAAAUGACUGGGUCCAAUACUUUUUGUGUUCGGCGUGCGAAGACGAGAAACUGGUUGAAUCUGCUGAUUUCUAUUGCGAAUCUUGCGUGAAGUUUUACUGCCAAAAAUGAAUUCACUUGCACAGCCAGUUGUUUAAGAAACAUUCCACUCAUGGAAGGAAUGAUAUGAAGAAAUGGCCUGUGGUCAAGGAGGUGGAAGAUUUUCUUCUUAAAUGUGAUGUUCACAAAGAAGAAAACCUUUUAAAAUUUGCAAAGACCAUAGCAAGCUGUGCUGCAAUACUUGUGCUUUCCAUUAUCACAGGCAAUGCAAAACGGUGAUGCUUUUAUCUGACUUGGUUAAAAAUACCUCCACAUACCUUAAACAAAUAUCAGUUACUAUCCAAACUACUCUGGCAGAACUGAAGAAGCUUCAAGACAAUCAGGAGGCUAGCAUUCAGUCUGUGCAAUGUUCAUAUGAUGAGCAGUUACACAAGAUACAGGAAAUUCGGCAAAAAUACUUGCAGUCUUAGACAUGCUUGUAAAGAAGACACUGCAGGAAAUGAAAGGUACUCUUACCAAACUGCAAGCCUCUCUAAAAAGUGAUGUUUAUAAAUGUUCCACUGUUGGAAAUGAAUUAAAACAACUAAGAGACGCUAUUCAAGACAUAAGUGAUAAAAGCAAACAAGAACUAUAUUUAAUAGCCAGCAUUAAAUGCAAGGACAAAUAGAGCAGUUUGAAAACUAUCAAAAGAAGAACAUUGCUCAACUAAAAUCUUCUAUAACUUUCCAUUUUAAUAGUGAAAUAAUGCAGUACCUUUCCCAGUUGUCCGGUCUUGGGAAGAUUGAACACUAUGCCCAGUCAUUGAUUGCAGUGGGAAAUGCAGACCGAAUCAUAAGGAUUGAUGGAAAGUCUGAGAAUAAUGUAAGCUUUCAGGGUGAUUCAAUUUGCACUAUCCUAGACAUAUGUGUUCUCCCUAGUGGACAAGUUCUUGUUGUAGACCAAAAUAAUAAGAAAGUCAAGCUGUUAAACCAGCAGUACCUGCUUUUGAGUCACUGUAGUGUAUCUGGUAAGCCACAGUACAUGUGUCAGAUCACACCAAGUGAGGUUGGUGUUACUGUUGGUUCAGAGGUCCAGUUUAUCAAAGUCAACAACAACCAGCUGGUAAAAGACAGAAAGCUCAAGUUUCAACAUGGCUGUUACGGUAUUGCCUCCCACCAGGGAGACCUGUUUGUAACCUCUGGUACUGAACUAUACAACUACUCGCUGGAUGGUAAACUAGUCAGCAAACUUCACGAGAAUAAGUCAGUUACCGGUAGAGAACGGAGUUGUGCAGUAAGCCCGACAGGUGACAAGUUGUAUAUCACGAACUACAAUCAGGACAAACUCCUCACUCUGGCCAGGGAUGGAUCAGUCCUUUCCAUCUUCACAGACCCUGAAUUGGGAUGUCCAGCUUGUGUACAUGUGACACCUGCAGGCCAGGUGCUGGUAUGUGGAUGGAAGUCCAAUACUAUCCUACAGAUUGACAGUAAGGGCAGUAGGAGUCUGGCCACUCUGGCUACAAAGAGGGAUGGGCUAUGGUCGGUCUGCUACAACAGCAACACUGACUCCAUUAUUGUGGGAACGAUUAUAAACAAGAUACUGGUGUACAAAGUAAAAUAGCUUAUCAUUCUUGUUUCUGAUGUGUAAUGAUAAGUGAUAUAAGUUACUAUACAGUGAUAUAAAUUAUUAUAGCUGUUAGUCAUUAAGUGCUAUGUUACACAUAUAUAUAUAUUUGAUGUGUAGUAAUAAGUCGAAAUAAAUGACAAUAGCUGUUUGUGUAAUAGUGUUAUGUUACAAUUUAAGAAUGAAUUUGAAGUGUUCAUACUUAUUUGUUUCUUUAAAUAAUGUUAUUACGCAUGCUAUGUUUAGAAUGUGAUAUAUUAGAUUUGUAACAAUGUGUUGAUUGGUUCAUUUUUUGCUCUUUAAGUGGCUCUGAUAUAUUUAAGUCAAGGGAAUACUUAUGGAUCAAUAAUACUAGCGGAUAUUUUGUCAUUAAUAGAUAGUUUUCACAUUAAAACAACUUUGAAAUGUGUUGUUAUUGUUUUACAGCUUGUAUGAUUGUUUUCCAUCAUUUUGCGCUUUGCUUUGCUAAUCAUAAUUGUGUACCAAACCACGAGUUGGUAGUGAAAAACAAGUUACUCUCUGUUUGUUUUGUAUGAUAUCAGGCGAUAUCAAAUUAUUGGUUUCGUUGAAUCUGAUUAUAUUGUACCAAAAAUUGAUAAUCUAAGUGUUGAUUCCAAGUAAUGUAACCAAACAUUGGCUGAUAUAACAAUUUCCUGUUGAAGUUAUAUAAAACAAUAUAUCCGGUAGCGUUUUAUCAGGCAGAUAUCAAUGUAGUGUACACUAAAGAGUAAAAAAGAAUCAAUAAUGGCCAAAAGGGGGAUGAUGUAUUCAAUUCAAUGUGAAAUCAUCAUGCCAAAUAUAAAUCUGCGAGCAGUCACUCCAGACUUGAACUAGUUAUUUUGAAACUAUUUCUAAUCCGGGGCAGCAAAGCGAGACAUGGUAUUAU